ACACCAGGGGAGGGGGAAAGGUCAGGGCUGCGGGGGGGUUUAUUACCCUGGCAGAAAUAAGGAGAGAUUCUCCAGAAGCGGUUUGGCAGAAGAAAGCAAGGAAACGGAGCGAAAGAAAAGCAUCAGUGCGUUUCUGUUCAACGCAGGUACUUUCCCAAAGAGGCAGAGUGGAUGUUUGGCCUUUUUUGAUCGCUUUUCUUUCCGUCCAUUUUUUUUUUGUCUCGUACUGCGGUGGAGCGCAGAGGAUUUUGGACCGUGCGUAAUUGUGCAGAGAGUUGAUCGUUGCGCUGCGUCAGGAUGCGCGUCUGGCCGCUUCUGGCUCUCCUCUGCCUGAUGUGCGCAGGACGCGCUCAGAAGUUCUCCGCUCUCACGUUUCUGCGUGUGGACCAGGAUAAGGAGUGCAACAUGGAUUGCACCGGAGCUCCUCAGAAACCCCUGUGUGCCUCUGAUGGCCGAACCUUCACAUCUCGCUGCGAGUUCCUCCGAGCCAAGUGCCGCGACUCCCAGCUGGAGGUCAGCCGAGGGCCGUGCAAAGACACAUCCAGAUGUGUUGCAGAGAAGAAGUACACAGAACAACAAGCCAAGAAGCAGGUCUUUGUUCCAGUUUGCAACCCCGAUGGCACUUAUAGCGAGGUUCAGUGCCACAGCUACACUGGAUACUGCUGGUGUGUGACCCCCAAUGGACGACCCAUCAGUGGUUCCUCCGUGGUCAAUAAAAAACCUCGAUGCCAAGGUUCAAAACAGGACAGAGCAGCCCCCAUGGAGCCAAGACCAGCUUCAAAACAAGAAAGAGGGACCCCCAUAGAUCCAAAACCAGUCUCCUUGCAAAUAUUCUCCAUUCUAAAUGCAGAACCAAUGGCGAUGGAGCCACCGUCUCCGCCAGAGGAAGAAGACGUCACUUCCCCGUACCCUGAUCUGUGGUUGGAACAGGUCCGCAGCCGGCAGAAUAGAUCCAGAGCAUCCUCGUCAUCGUGUGACCAGGAGCAACAAUCGGCUCUGGAAGAGAGGAGGCAGCGUAAUAACGACGCUGUGUUUGUGCCAGACUGUGCCCAAGGCGGAUUCUAUAAGCCGGUCCAAUGCCACCCCUCCACCGGCUACUGCUGGUGUGUGCUUGUUGAUACAGGACGGCCAAUACCGGGGACGUCAACCAGGUAUGAACAGCCAAAAUGUGACGGUAAUGCCAGAGCCCAUCCAAAUAAAGCAAAGGACCAUUAUAAAACCAGACAUCUCCAAGGUUGUCCUGGGGCAAAGAAAACAGAGUUCUUGACGAGUGUUCUUGAUGCGCUGUCGACAGACAUGGUGCAUGCUGUCACAGAUCCAGCCUCUGCCGGAAGGUAUGGAAGUGUAAAACGCACCUCUUGCGAUUAGCUAAACACAUCAGUA